GCCUCGUUCGUUGUUGCACCAGAUCUAUUCGAACUCUACCAACUGCCCUUCCGGGGUAGACUGAUAUAGCUGCGUCGCCGAGCCGUUUUCUCGCGGGCACUCAGCCUAAGAUGGAUGACAACGAUGACGAUGUCGUCAUGGAUGGUGAGGACCACCGUAUGGCUACUGGCCCUUCGCCUUCCAACGGGUUUCUAGAUCCAACCACGACGGGAGAAAGCUCAUUAGAGACCACGAAUGGCCAGAGCGCCAACGGAACCGCGCAGGAUGACGACCAGGAGUCCGACCCGGCUAACUAUCAGGAUCGUUUACGGCGGCGGGGCCUGCUCCCAACAGGCUGCUGUUACGAUGACCGGAUGAAGCUACAUGCAAACGCGGACUUUGGGCCUAACCCCCAUCAUCCCGAAGACCCCUCACGAAUCGAGUACAUCAUGAAGACAUUCAAGAAGGCCGGCUUGGUGUUUACGGGGUCCGAUACAGACCUCAUCCGCAUUAUGCAGAGUGAGCCAACCAAGUACAUGUGGCGGAUUCCCGCAAGGGAAGCAACUAGGGAGGAGAUCUGCGCUGUUCACCACCCAGGGCAUUUCUUGUGGGUUGAGGGUCUAUCGCGGAAGUCAACACACGAGCUACGCGAGCUCUCUACUAGAAUGGACCAGGGAAGAGAUUCGCUCUACGUCGGCAGCAUGACCUACGAGGCAUCCCUGAUCUCAGCUGGCGGGGCGAUUGAGACAUGCAAGAGCGUGGUUGCUGGCAUCGUGAAGAACGCCUUUGCCGUCAUCCGGCCGCCAGGGCAUCACGCAGAGUUCGACGCGCCCAUGGGAUUUUGCCUCUUCAACAACGUUCCCAUCGCAGCCAAAAUCUGCCAGGCGGAUUACCCUGACCUCUGCCGCAAGAUCCUGGUCCUCGAUUGGGAUGUCCAUCACGGCAACGGCAUCCAGAACCUCUUCUACGACGACCCCAACAUCCUCUACAUCUCUCUCCACGUCUACAGGAACGGCGAAUUUUACCCCGGCAAGCCCGACAAUCCGAUGACCCCCGAUGGCGGUCUUGAGCACUGCGGCGCCGGGCCCGGCCUAGGCAAGAACGUCAACGUUGGCUGGCACGACCAAGGGAUGGGCGACGGCGAGUACAUGGCAGCAUUCCAGAAGAUCGUCAUGCCGAUCGCCCAUGAGUUCAACCCAGACCUCGUCAUCAUCUCGGCCGGCUUCGACGCCGCCGCCGGCGACGAACUGGGCGCCUGUUUCGUCUCUCCCGACUGCUACGCCCACAUGACGCACAUGCUCAUGUCGCUCGCCGGCGGCAAGGUGGCCGUGUGCCUGGAGGGCGGCUACGACCUCGAGGCCAUCUCCAAGUCGGCGCUGGCCGUCGCCCAGACGCUCAUGGGCGAGCCGCCCCCGAAGAUGGAGGUCCCCAAGAUCAGCCGGGAGGCGGCCAAGGUGCUGGCCAAGGUCCAGGCGUACCAGGCCCCGUACUGGGAGUGCAUGCGCGCGGGCGUCGUCGACGUUCAAGAGAUGCAGGCACAAGAAUCGUCGCGCUUGCAUGACGUGGUACGGAGGGCGCAACGCCAGGUCAUGUCGGAGAAGCAUGGCAUGCUGCCGCUGUACAUCCAGCGGGAUAUCCUUUUCAAGUCUUUCGAGAACCAGGUGCUAGUGACUAGGGGGAUCCAGACUGCUCGCAAGAUUGUGGUUAUUGUCCAUGACCCACCGGAGCUCCAUGCGCAACCCCAUCCGCUGGACAACACGAUGGAGCCUCACAACGCAUGGGUGACGGACGGCGUGACACGCUAUGUCGAUUGGGCCGUUCAGCAAGGCUUCGGGGUUAUCGACGUCAACGUGCCCCACUACAUCACGCACCCGGAGGACAUGGACGCCUUCACCGCGCGCGCCGACGAGCGCACUAUUCAAGCCCAGGUACAAGAAUUGAUGUGCUACAUCUGGGACAACUACCUUCAACUCUACGACACAGUCGAGGACAUCUUCCUCAUGGGCGUGGGCAACGCUUACCUCGGGAUCAAGGUCCUACUAAUCAACCGACUCGACGUCAAAUCGCGCGUAGCCGGCGUCGUCAACUUCGUCAACGGCAGCCUGCGGCCCGUCAAGUCGGACGUCGACGGCGACCUGUCGUCGUGGUACAAGGAGCACUCGCAGGUCUAUGUCGCCAACGACCACGCCUGCUGGUCUGACCGCAAGGUCAUGAAGCGCCGCUUCGGCAACGUCAUCCGCGCGCAGGUUAAUGGCCUGACGCCCAUGAUGGCCGAGCACUUUGCGGAUGUGCAGCAGUUUGUGAUGGAGAGGAUGGGGGAGGAGCGGGAGGGGGAGGGGGAGGGGUUGGAGUCGGAGGAGGAGGGGGGGAGGUGA